UGACACUUAGGGGAAAAUGAGUAAUGACAAAUGACCAAGGUUUGACUUUUGAAGGUUACGAUUAUUACAAAAUAAUGUGAUGCAAUAUUGAAGAUUUGGUGUCUAAAUUUUAAAUUUAUUAUAUAAGAGAAUUUAUUAUUUCUACAUUUUAAUUCUUAAGGCUUUAUUAGCAAUCUCAAAAUGGAUCGUCAACCUAUAUUCGAAUAUAAAGAUGAAUCUCAAGCAGAAAGAUUAGCACGAAAAUCCAAAGAUUCUCCAUUUAUGAUACUUGGUAUAGUGGGGUUAAUUGGUGUUUGUGGAAUGGGUGUGUAUAAGUUCAAAAGCAGAGGAAAAAUGAGUACAAGUGUAUUCCUAAUGCAAUUGAGAGUUGCUGCACAAGGAACGGCCGUAGGAGCGCUCACAUUGGGACUGGCAUAUCAAUUAGGGCAAAAAUAUCUAUUUAAAAGUGACACUAAGGAUAAUUAACGACAAUAAUUAUCCAACUAGUAAAAUUGUUUCAAUGGAUUAAUUUCUAUUGAAUUAUUUAUAAUAGUUUUAGUAGGUUUAUUAGCAUAAUCUCACAAAGGAUCUAAAAAAACAAGAUGUCUGUUAAAAAUAACAAUGUAUUAUAGUAUUUGUAAGGUUAACACUAACUUUUAUUUAGCAAAUAAUUUGUGUCCUGUGAUUCUAGCUUGUAUUCUUUAUACAAUAUUAAUUGUAUUUUUUAUUUGCAAUGCCUUUGAGGGUUAUGUAUGUGAUAAAAUGCUAAGAAUUGAUAUUAUUGUUUAAUAAAUUAUUUCUUCAA